UGGUCUGAAAAUCACAAUAAAAUCGUAUAGAAAACCCGUUUUAAUUCGCAAUUUACUAGUAAACCAAUUGGGUGGUUAAAUUCUUGCGACUACGUAAUGCAAAAAUGAAAAUAACAAGCGCAGGUGUGUUGCUCACCCGUUCGACUCUUACCUAUAUAUUGUAAUAUAAUGUAAUAUAGUUAUUUAUAGAUAUAUUUAGCCAGUGGUAAUAACAGUUCCCACCCGUUCCUUGUUUUUUUUUGGCGGAAAAAAAAGGUAUAUUCAGCCACUCUACGUGCGUUUUGUCCCCUAAAACAAAUCGCACGUAAAAAGGCUACAAUAUAUCUUAUUUAUUUAUUUAUUCUGUUAUUAUACAUAACAGCUACAGCGGAACGUUUUUAUAUUACUUAUAUAAUAUUAAAAAAAUAUAUAUAUGAUUUGAACUUUGAACGUAGUGCUGCACCCCGACCUUGGCGAACGCAUAUUAUUAUUAUACCGUAAAACAAUAUUAUAAUGAUUAGUGAUAUAUAUGCGUAUAGUGUAUACAGAGUGUCUCUGAACGAAUUGCAGACUAUUUAAAUGAGCGAUACAGUUAAAUCCUCCAGUCACACGUCCUAUAAUGUACAAUGUACAUAUAAUAUUAUCGUUCCAUCACUAUAAUAUGUGUCAUCGAUGAGUUUGCAGGCGUAACACGAUAUUAUUCUGUGAAGACCGAACGGUUUCGACGGCACUAGAUAAACUCCGCGCGCCUAGUUAUAGUAUGUACCGACUGGUGAUCAGCGACUGGCGAUGCUGCGGGACGACCACGACAUCAUAUUGUUAUAAAUAUGCGCGGACACCGAUGUCUAUAAAAUAAUGAUAUUGAGCAACGCACUUUACCCCUUCUUGCACGUACAAAAGCAGCAACACCGAGAACCGCGUGGGGGCCGAUGUGCGAGCCUGCAGAUCCGUCGUCUUCGUGUACGCUAUCUGAACUAGAGGAUGUUGAUGUCGCAGCAAUCAGUCACGAACGACUCAAAGACUUGACGGGCGAAGUGUUGAAUGCAGUUCUGGACAAAGACAGCGUAUUAGGAGACCUACCGAAUAACGUGACGUUGGGAGAAGUCGAUUUACAAAUCGCAAUCGAACACGGCCGAGCGAUAACCGUGUACUUGGAACGCUUUGACGGCAUUAUCAUCCCGAUUGUCGUACAAAAGAAUGGAGCAAAAGUGGGAGACUUGAAAAAAAGCAUCGAGAGAAAAAUGACAUUACAUUUAAGAAGAUCUGAUGAAAGAUCAACCAUCAGUUGGAGACGAAUAUGGAAAACAUAUUGGUUGAGUUGUAAUGGAAUAAAGUUAAAGCAUAAUAAUGAUUUAAUAUCAAAGUAUGUGGAAAAUAACUCAAAACUAGUAUUUGUAAAGCGAUUUAGAGAAAAAAAUAUUCACGAUCAGUAACUUAAAAAUGAGUACUUUAAUAUUAAAAUAUUUAUACAAUAAUUUAUAAAUAAAAAAAUGAAAAAAAACCAAUGUAA